AUGACACCCAAAAGUGCCCAUGUCGUAUCAUUUAACGAUGUCAACCGAAACAACCUUGUACAAAUGGCAUCACAUAUUCUUGAUAGAGUAAGUCAAGCUUGCUUUAUUGCGAUCGAUUUCGAAUUCAGUGGAUUAGGUGAACAUCAUCCUAAAGACAUGAACCAUCGCUAUGUGGCCAUGAAGCAAACUGUAGAAGACCACACCAUUUUUUCAAUAGGUUUAUCCAUUGUCAAGAAAAAGGAGGAGGAAGAGAAAGGCCAUUUUUAUAUAUGCGACAACUUUAAUUUCUUGACGCUCAAACAAGGUAAAUUCACGAUCGAUUCGAGUACAGGCGAAUUUUUAGUAAAACACAAGUUUAGCUUUGAUCGCCUCUUUGUCGACGGAAUUCCUUUCCUUCCUCCCUCUUCUAAACAACAACAGCAGCCUUCGACAUUGGUGGAUGUGUGGAAAGGCAUAAUGCAACUAAUGGCGCGUCGAGAUAUUCCUUUGGUCAUUCACCAUGGCCUGUUUGAUCUCAUGUACCUCUAUCACUCCUUUAUUGGCCCACUUCCUAAAACGCUCUCUGGCUUUCUCAAAGAAAUAUCCAAUCAUUUUCCAUCAGGUAUCUAUGAUACCAAGUUUUUAGUAGAGCAAGGCGAUGAUCAUCAAGCGUCUUUCUUGGGUUAUGUGUUUGCCAAGUAUGACAGAUUGAGACAGAACAGGUUUGAUGACAAGUCUACAGAAGCAAAGCCGUAUUUUGAAAUCGAUGUUCAAGCACCCAUUCAACUAGAACAGACUAAAAAGAAUAAAAAGACUGAAGAAGAAAAUGAUGAUGAUCGACCUACAAAAAGACAAGAUGUCAGAAAAGAACCUUACUGUACACAAUUUGCCGAACAUGGUUACUGUAAACUAGGUCAUGAUCCUCACAGCAAACUUCACGAUAUCCAAAUAAUCCUUGACCAUCAAAUGGGUCCCUCGAUUUACCCUCAAGUCUAUUCAUCUUCUCUUGACAAAGACGAGCCAAAGACAGACACAAGAUUGGAAGGAGCUCACGCGUCUCACUUUGACGCCUAUAUGACCGGAUUCACCUUUUGUUAUCUGUCACAUACGAUGGAUCCUAUCGAACUGAAAAACUAUAAAAACAAGGUCAAGAUACGAGGCAUGCAUGUUCCUCUCACGUUUCCUUUGAAAUGA